GCAAGCUCUUUACUGGAUCACUGUCUUUGCUCUAAGUGGAUAAAGACUCUUUGUCCUGGAUUAAGACUGAGAUGAGUUUUUUGAAAAUUCAAACUGCUGCUGUGAUUUUGCAGUUAUGUCUGCUACUGGAAGUGAUGUAUGUCUUCAAGACCUGCAGAAUGUUGGAACCCUCUGAGCAGACUGAGAGCAGUCGUGGAUCUGCUGCUGAAAACAUCAAUAUCACCCACGAAGGCCACCUGGAAUCUCCUGACCAUGUAAAGUACAAACAGCCCAGCAUCAUCCAUGGUCGUACCGAUGUAGUGACGGUGACUCCAUGGUUGGCUCCUGUUGUCUGGGAAGGAUCUUUUAACCUGGAUCUCUUGGACGCCAUCUACAAACCAAAGAACAUCAUCAUCGCAGCUACUGUGUUUGCUGUGGGAAAGUACACCAUGUUCCUGAAGGAUUUUCUGGAAACAGCAGAACAGCACUUCUUUGUAGGUUUCACUGUCCACAUGCACGUCUUUACCGACAAGCCAAAGGACGUGCCCCAAGUCAAAAUGGCUGCUGGCAGAAAGUUGUUGGUGCAUACCGUACCCAGUGCCGACCGUUGGCAGGAGAUCUCUGCUCGUAGGAUGGAUAUCAUCCAGAAAUUGAUAGAGGAGGAGCUUCAAGAUAACACCGACUACAUCUUCUGUCUGGAUGUGGACUCCAAGUUCCAUGGCCACUGGGGGACAGAGUCGUUAGGCAGACUAGUUGCCGUGAUUCAUCCAGGAUACUACAAAACCAAUCGUGAUGUGCUACCUUAUGAGCGGCGGCCAUCCUCCAAUGCCUACAUCAGUCCUGGGGAGGGUGACUUCUACUACUGUGGAGGGGCAUAUGGAGGCCAAGUAAAGGACGUACAUCAGCUCACCAAAACUUGCAGUGAAAACUUCAAGGAUGAUGCUAAAAAAGGCAUUGAGGCAGCCUGGCAGGAGGAGAGUCACCUAAACAGGUACAUGUGGAUCAACAAGCCCACUAAGCUUCUAUCACCUGAGUACCUGUGGCAGGACUUCAAAAGCAAGGAGCCUGAAAUUCACACCAUCAGGUUCUCUGGAGUCAUCAAGAACUAUGCUGCGAUUCGACCCAACGGCCUUCCUCUCUGCCUGUGUGGUGUUCCCGUACCAGACAGUGAUGCCUGCGGUGAGGAUGCUCUCUAUCAGUCCUCUGUAGGCCAGGGUGAGAGGGCGGUGGUUCAGUCCAGCUUUCCUGAGCAGCCUGAUGAAGUACAUUCUUUGCUGGGCUUUUUUCACUGUGGCUGUGGUGUUACAAGCCCAGCUCAGACAGUGAUGUUGUUGACCAGGGCCCUGUAUCCUGACUCGUCUCCCCCCUUGAUGAGCCCCAGGAUGGUGGUGUCAUCAGCGUAUUUAAUGAUGAUGGAGCUGUCCUGGGUGGAGACACAGUCAUGUGUGUACAGGGUGAAGAGUUUGGGGCUGAGGCAGCAGCCCUGUGGUGAUCCAGUGCUGACUCUGAUUUCAGCAGACACUCGUCCUCCCAUCUUCACCGCCUGGGGCCUUUCGGUCAGGAAGUCCAGGAUCCAGUUGCAGGUGGGAGUAGGGACUCCAAGAAUGUUGGAGCCCUCUGAGCAGACUACGUCCCGUGGAAAUCACAACCUCAACUCAAGCUCUUUACUGGAUCGCUGUCUUUGCUCGAAGUGGAUCAGGACUCUAUGUCCUGGAUUAAGACUUGAGAUGAGUUUUUUGAAAAUUCAAACUGCAGCUGUGAUUUUGCAGUUAUGUCUACUACUGGAAGUGAUGUAUGUCUAUUUCUGUUUAACUCAUAGAGUGAUGUAUGUCUUCAAGACCUGCAGAAUGUUGGAACCCUCUGAGCAGACUGAGAGCAGUCGUGGAUCUGCUGCUGAAAACAUCAAUAUUACCCACGAAGGCCACCUGGAAUCUCCUGACCAUGUAAAGUACAAACAGCCCAGCAUCAUCCAUGGUCGUACUGAUGUAGUGACGGUGACUCCUUGGUUGGCUCCUGUUGUCUGGGAAGGAUCUUUUAACCUGGAUCUCUUGGACGCCAUCUACAAACCAAAGAACAUCAGCAUCGCAGCUACUGUGUUCGCUGUGGGAAAGUACACCAUGUUCCUGAAGGCUUUCCUGGAAACAGCAGAACAGCACUUCUUUGUAGGUUUCACUGUCCACAUGCACGUCUUUACCGACAAGCCAAAGGACGUGCCCCAAGUCAAAAUGGCUGCUGGCAGAAAGUUGAUAGUGCAUACCAUACCCAGUGCCGACCGUUGGCAGGAGAUCUCUGCACGCAGGAUGGAUAUCAUCCAGAAAUUGAUAGAGGAGGAGCUUCAAGAUAACACCGACUACAUCUUCUGUCUGGAUGUGGACUCCAAGUUCCAUGGCCACUGGGGGACAGAGUCGUUAGGCAGACUAGUUGCCGUGAUUCAUCCAGGAUACUACAAAACCAAUCGUGAUGUGCUACCUUAUGAGCGGCGGCUAUCCUCCAAUGCCUACAUCAGUCCUGGGGAGGGUGACUUCUACUACUGUGGAGGGGCAUAUGGAGGCCAAGUAAAGGACGUACAUCAGCUCACCAAAACUUGCAGUGAAAACUUCAAGGAUGAUACGAAAAGAGGCACUGAGGCAGCCUGGCAGGAGGAGAGUCACCUAAACAGGUACAUGUGGAUCAACAAGCCCACUAAGCUUUUAUCACCUGAGUACCUGUGGCAGGACUUCAAAGACAAGGAGCCUGAAAUUCACACCAUCAGGUUCUCUGGAGUCAUCAAGAACUACGCUGCGAUUCGUCCCAACGCCUAAGAGUGUUGACAGCGUGCCAGAAAUGCAACUGUUUUUGUUUCAUAUUAUUAGGUCAGAUCCAAAAGGACUUACUUAGAAUCACCCAGAAUGUGAACAUGAAGGAAAAAAAGAUGAAUAAAGACAAAUUAUUCAUUUUUAUUAAGCUA